AUGGAGAAACACGCUGCCACAGAAUCAUCGUCCAACCCGGAUCUGGAGAAGAACGAGCCAGCAUCUUCCACUGCCAACAGCGAUGAGACUGACAGAAGUACCUUUCAAGUUCAGUUUGACGAUGGCGAAAAUCCUAAGGCAUUCAGUCCCUACUAUAAGGCUUUUCUGACCUGGGAAAUGAGCAUGUUGGCCUUUGUCGGUUCGCUAGGGUCAUCUAUAAUGUCGCCAGCGCAGACCGAUUUGAGCGAGUAUCUCAAUAUCAGUAAAGAGCUUACGGUUUUAAGCUUGUCGCUUUUUGUUCUCGGAUAUGCCUUCGGUCCGUUGAUUUGGGCCCCGAUCAGCGAAGUCUACGGCCGGAGAUGGUCCAUGCUGCCGGCAGUAUUUGCGCUAGGUAUUCUCAGCAUCGGAACUGCGGUCAGCCAGAAUCCGGCUAGCGUGUUUAUUACUCGGUUCAUCGGCGGCGUUUUUGGGUCUGCGCCCAUUAGCAAUGUCUCUGCUGCUCUGGGAGAUAUCUACGACCCUCGUACUAGAGGCGUACCGAUGUCAUUUUAUGCACUUUGUGUUAUUGGUGGACCGGCUCUCGCGCCUUUGGUUGGUGCUUCUCUGACAGUGAAUCCGCAUCUCGGAUGGCGAUGGACCGAGUACAUGGAAGCCAUCAUCGUUUACGUGGUUUUCAUGAUCACUGUCCUCUUUCUGCCUGAGACCUAUGCGCCAGUCCUUCUGCGGAAAAAGGCCCAGAAGAUGCGCAAAGAAACUGGAGAUCAGAGAUAUUGGCACCCGUCGGAAGGAAUGAAAGUUGAUUUGAGAAACAUCGCCACAAAACAACUCAGUCGGCCAUUGAGGAUGUUCUUCACUGAGCCAAUGGUUUUUACGAUUGCUCUUUAUGCGUCGUUCAUCUACGGACUACUUUUCCUGACUCUGGAAGUCUUCCCAAUUAUUUUCCAGGAGAAUCGCCAUUUCACCUUGGUAAUCUCGACUCUUCCGAUCCUGGGCCUUUUGGUCGGCGUUAUCUGCGCCUUGUUCGUGAAUCUCGCAAAUCAGCCUCUAUAUACGCGUGCUGUGGAGAGAAACAAUGGGAAAGCAGUCCCGGAAGCUCGCCUUCCACCAAUGAUCAUUGGGGGAUGUCUUUUUUCGAGUGGCUUGUUUUGGUUUGGAUGGACUGCAGAUCCCGAGAUCCCAUGGGUGGCUCCCACGGUGGCAGCUGGAUUCAUUGGCGCGGGUUUCAAUAUAGUUUUCCAACAGUGCCUAAAUUUCUUGGUUGACACGUAUGGAACGUACGCUGCAAGUGCCGUUGCGGCGAAUAAUCUGCUACGGUGCCUCAUGGCUUUCGGACUCCCUUUGGUGGCAAGGCCUAUGUUUCUGAAUCUAGGGGUGGGACCGGCAGCGAGCCUCCUGGGUGGAAUAUCUUGUCUUGCAUUGCCCGUACCGUUUCUUUUCAUGAAGUAUAGUGAGCGUCUCCGUGCAAGGUCGAAAUUUGUGGAGAAUUAG